AGCUAUUUCGCUUGAUCUACCGUAUAAUCAAAUGUAUUUCACUUCCGCAAUUUAGCCUGUAGGGGUAAUUUGUGAAAGUCAUUUUAUAACAUCGUAAGGUACAACGCACAUGGAAGAGAAAAAAGAUUGAAGACAAUACCAAGCGCAUCACAGCCUUGUUUCGAAAGCAAAUAUAAGAUUGAGAAAUUGAGUACCGCUGGUUUGACAAUGAAUUACUUCCACCGGAAAGCAAAAACCUGACAUCCGGCGUAAAGAAACGCACUAUCAACUCCUCCUCCUUAACCCCUCCCUCACGGAAAUCAUUUGCCAAACCUCGCUACGAAAAAAACUCGCAGAACGCACAGAAACAGACCGCUAUAGCAAAGAUACGAGCAUAGCCGUAAGUAGUGACCGCAACCAAGAGCGAAGGCGAAAUGGAAUCAUUAGCAUUGGUUGUUGGAAAUAUUUAACUGACCUGUUUCUGCCUUCAAUUUCAAACCAUGUAGGCUUGCUUGUUUUUACAUUUCUUUGGACGUUCUGUAUUUCAUAUCAUAUUUUUUUAUUACAAUUCAAUACGUUUUAUUUCGAUUGUUUUGACCUUGAUCUCAACAUCUAUUUGUUAGCUUUUCUACGAAAAACGUAGUUUUUUAUUGUUUUAAUUGAUUUUUAAAUUGACCCCAUAAGAAGACGCAAUUAUGUUCGAGGCGAGGGGGAUUCCGUUUAUUCUGCUAGACAUUGCCUGUCUAUUUCUCGGGGGACUGCCCCUGGCAGCCUUUAACUUGGGCAAAAUCAAGCCUUAUCAGAGGGGCUUUUUCUGUAACGAUGAGAGCAUCCGAUAUCCCUUCCACCACGGCACAGUAUCCUCCACUGUGCUCUACACAGUGGGCUUCACUCUGCCCAUUUGCUGUAUGAUCUUUGGAGAGUGCCUGUCAGUCUACCUAAAGCACAUCCAAUCAAAGUCGUCUUUCAGCAACACGUAUUUUGCCUGUGUUUACAAAGCCAUUGGCACCUUCCUGUUCGGGGCCGCUAUGAGCCAAUCACUCACUGACAUUGCCAAGUAUUCGAUUGGCCGGUUGCGACCGCACUUCCUAGCCGUGUGCAAGCCCGACUGGAAGCUGAUCAACUGCACGGCUGGCGUGUACAUUGAGGAUUUCACGUGCAAUGGGGAAGCGCGAUUGGUCAACGAGGGCAGGUUGUCCUUCUAUUCGGGCCACUCCUCCUUUUCCAUGUACUGUAUGCUGUUCCUGGCAUUGUACAUCCAGGCGAGACUUCAGGCAGAGUGGGCCCGACUCCUGAGACCAACACUGCAGUUUUUCCUGAUCGCGGCAUCGGUCUACACUGGACUGUCUCGUGUGUCCGACUACAAACACCACUGGAGUGACGUCCUUGUUGGUCUGAUACAGGGUGCACUCAUGGCUAUACUGGUGGUCUUUUUUGUGUCAGACUUCUUUAAGAAAAGGGUAUCUCCUCAGAUGGCUGUCGAUAUUCCCCACAACACCCUGCAGGAGACGUCCACUAAUGGAAACCACUACGACAGCAGCCCCAGCUAAGCUAUAGACUAGAGGAACAACAAAUGGCAUGUGCCCGUGUCGAUGGUGGGAAGCGUUUGCUGCAUGCACAUCAUAGCCCACUAAGGGUCGGACCACUGAGGCGGGAAGGCUUGUGUCCUAAAAGACUCCCUAUUCCCCAUGUAGUGCACUUCAUUUGACCAGGGCUAAACCUGUGAAUGUAACCCUGCUUUGUGCUUUCAUGACCUAUUACCUGGAGCCUAGCUGUCUGUGUUCCGUUGGAUACCAAGAUCCACCUGUGUUGCCUUGGCUGGACUGCUGCUAUCACAGCUACCGUGUAUUCAUAAAAAUAUUCCCACAAGUCUUAUCUAACAUAUAAAAACCUGAAGCAACAAAUAAAAGACAAACAAACAAAACUUUACUUUUUUAAAUCCAUCUGUAU